AUGCUUGGGCUCUCUUACGGUGAGAUUUUAGUCAUCAUCGGCGCUACUGCCGCUGUCGUAGGGCCAAAGGAUCUUCCGAUUAUAGCUCGAGCAGGAGGUAGAUUAUUCGGAAGAGCAAUUGGGUACAUCCAAAUGGCUCGUGGCCACAUUGAUGGUGUCAUGAAACAGCCUCAAAUGCAGGAGAUUUCGAAAGAAGUUCAAGAUUUGCGAGCACAAGUGGAUGCUAUUAGCCAUGGAGCAAGUUUCUCUCUGUUUAAUCCAAGUCCUUUGACUCGAAGAGUGGACAACCAUCCUCCAGAAACUAAUCCAAGCACCAAUGGGAAUGUUACUCCGGUCAAUGUUGUAGAAAGACAGAAGAGUGCAGAUCAUUGGACAAAGGCUCAAGAAUUUAGUGGCUCGUCCUCGUCGUCAGCUUCGGUUAACCUGCACGCCCAAGCGACGUCGUUUGCACGACUAUCUGAGACGGUCAACGGAAAAACUCACGAUCUAAGCAGUGAUUCAGGUCUCUCACCUGUUCUUCCAGUUUCAGCUGAAAUGGCAAAGUUGCUCCCUCAUCGCAGAGAGAGUGCAAGAGGAUCUGAUUUAAUGUUGGAGGCAGUUCUUGAAGCCGAAGUAGCACACAAAGCCAAACAGUUUUUUGCGCAAGCCGAGAAAGAAACUCCAGCUUUAAAAGGGAAGUUUCUCGGUGACGGCGAAGAGAAAGGUGAAAUAGUCAUUUCUAACCAACCACCUUAUGUGUUCACAAAGUUUUAUAAGGACAUCUGCUGGUAA